AUGCGCCAAGUUCAAGCACGUUGUUGGGCCAUGAUUUGCCCCAGGAUCCUGAGCGGCAUCACGAGACUCACAAUGAUCCGGCAGAUACCGUUGAUCUUCCUGGGGAUUUGCAAUUACAUUGCUCUGUCGCGCUUCCACGAUAGGUGCAUACCAUUCGAUUACUCGCACCCCGUUUUGGUUGGUCUGUUUCCCAGAAACAGCUGCAGUUUACCAAGCAACCAUGCGAACAGCUUAAUGGCGCCGGGGUUAUGGAGCGCAUGUGUAGAUGAUUAUCGGCAGUCAGAGCGCGGUCCGCCUCCUUACCACUAG